CGCCCGCGGAGCUUCAAUCCACCCCGUCGGAGCCUCGCUGGAGCCAUGCUGUCGUUCAUCUCGCUCCCGGCGAUGAGUUUCGCCUCUCACAUAGAGCCGUGCCCCGACUGUGAGACAUGCCCGCCCAUGAUGGUUCCGCCGCCGCCGCCGCCCAAGAUCACAGACUUCUCGCAAGUCAAGUUCAUCGACGAGCUCGCUCGUCCGGACCAUGUCAAGCCGCACUUUCUCGGUGUGGACCCGCUCGCCGGCGAGCCACGCCUCUCGUGCCGCGGCAUCGAGGGCAAGAACUGCACCAAGGACGGCGACUUCCGCUCGACUCUCGGGCCGAAGCUCGCCGCGGAGUACACGGAAUACACCCACCUCACCGUGCCAACGGGCACCGUCCACGGCCAACCCGGCUUCUACCACGGCGUCGCCUCAGGCAGCCCAACGACUUCGGCUGUCGUCGUCUGGACUCGCUACACGCCAGCUUCGCCGACGGAUGUUGUGCCGGUGACGCUGGUCAUGGACAAGGCAGGUGCAAGCGCACUCAGCGCAGCCUCGCCAAUCAAGAUGACGGUGAUGGCCGAGGCGAAGAACGACUGGGUGAUCAAGAUCGACGUGACGCACCUGCCAGCAGGCACUGACUUCGUCUACGCCUUCAUCGCCGACGGCAAGCAGUCGAUGGUCGGCAUGACCAAGACGGCCCCGGAUGGCCCCACCGCAGAGAUGCACUACGCGCUUUUCUCGUGCUCGCAUUGGGCACAGGGCUACUUCCACCCUUACGACCACGGCUCCAUCCUCGAGAAGCUCGACUGGUGGGUCCACGUUGGCGACUACAUCUACGAGUACGGCGUCUCGACGGCGGACGACUUCUCCGACCGCAUGUGGGGCUACAGCGCCCACCGCUGGCCGACCAAGGAGCGCAUGGACCCGCCGUGGGAGAUCGUGGAGCUCAACGACUACCGUCGCCGCUACGCCGUGUACCACACCGACCACGGGCUGCAGCAGCUCCGCGCCCGGGCGCCCAUGAUCGCGACGUGGGACGACCACGAGAUCACCAACAACUGGUUCUUCCAGGGCGCCCAGAACCACCAGUCCACGUGCCCUGCGGACGCGACCGCGUGCGACGAGCACGAGGGUUCGUGGGUCGAGCGCGUCAACGCCGGCGCCAUCGCUUACCUCGAGUGGCUGCCGAUUCGCCGCGGCCCGGAUGACCAGUCUGGCCUCAUGAACACUGACAUUAAGCAGGUCAUCGAGUGGGGCGACCUCGCCACGAUCGUCUCGGUCGACACUCGCGGCUAUGCUCGCUCGGCGGACUACGUCGGCGGCUGGCAGAAGCCCUCCGCCUGCGCGGUGCGACUCUACCUCUAGAGAGUCGCGCUGGCCUAUAAUAGUUACUAGUACUUUCGAGCAGGAACGUGUUCUCUUUUUGAGAGAGAAGAGAGGAGAGAGAGCGGGGUAGAGAUUUGUCAGAAAUUCUCGUCGCGAGACGCCGCAAG